ACUCGUGUUAGAAUAGGUGUGUGCCGAAUGCCCGGAAUUAAGGGAUUAGUUUCCUUUCGGUUUAAAAUUUAAAUAUGCUUAUUUUCAUGCUUCUGUUGCAUUCUUGCCAAGUCCUAGGCCAUACCGAUUCUUUCAACUCGGACUAGAUCUUGAUUGAAGUAUAAAAGUUUGCUCUCCAAUAAGGUAAAUCUGCAUUUGAUUUACAGAACAUAAAGUUGGGCCAAUGACGCGGAUUAGCCCAGAAUUUGGAGAUGAAGGCGAAGGAGUUUGGUCAGUGUCGUCCGACGUGAGCUUUCAGUCUAUUCAGUUUCCGAAGUAUAGAUUAGGCCCUGAUAAUCAAAUUUUAGAGGAGGUCAAGGAGGACAAUAAGGGUCCACCCUUGAAGGAGGUGGUAGCAGAGGAAAUAAACCAGCUGUCAGAACAACAUAAGCGUCUAUCCGUACGCGACCUGGCCAGCAAAUUUGACAAGAAUUUGGCUGCUGCAGCAAAGUUGUCUGAGGAGGCUAAACUUAGGGAGGUGGCAUCUUUAGAGGGACAUGUGCUUCUGAAGAAGCUUAGGGAUGCAUUGGAAUGUUUGAAAGGAAGAUUAGCGGGUCAAAACAAAGACGAUGUGGAGAAAGCAAUUUCAAUGGUGGAGGCUUUGGCUGUGAAAUUGACUCAAAAAGAAGGAGAGCUAAUUCAGGAGAAGUUUGAAGUAAAAAAGCUAGUGAACUUCCUCAAGCAGGCUUCUGAGGAUGCUAAAAAGCUAGUCAACCAAGAAAAGUCUUUUGCUUGUGCCGAAAUCGAGAGUGCAAGAGCAGUCGUGCAAAGGAUUGGAGAGGCCCUUGAGGAACAAGAAAGAAACCAAAGCUCAGGGAAGCAGCAGGAAUUGGAGGAACUGAUUGAAGAGGUUCAAGAAGCCAGACGAAUUAAGUUAAAGCAUCAGCCUAUGAAGGUCAUGGACAUGGAACACGAACUGCGCGAACUGAGACUUCAAAUCAGAGAGAAGUGUACAAUUUCAGUUAAUCUUCAAAACGAGCUGGCGAUGAUGAAGAAAGUCGACGAAAAUAUACCCCGACUAUAUGAGUUAAAUGGUUCGGAGACAUUAGGUUCUAUUUUACGGAUUCAGCCGUGCUCAGAGAAAGCUACAGAGCUAGCAAAAUGUUCAAUCCAGUGGUAUCGUCUGUCAUCUCAAUGCAGCCGUAGGGAACCUAUUUUAGGUGCCCACAAGUGCGUUUAUGCUCCUGAGCCCAUUGAUGUCGGGCGAGUUCUGCAAGCUGACAUAGUCGCAAACGGCCAAAAGAUCUGGAUCACAACUCACGGCCCUAUUGCACAAGCUAUUGACUUGGGGAGCUAUGUAGAGACGCUUCUGCGGAAACCAAACCAUGACUUUAGCGUAGUAAUCUCCCAAAUGAACGGACGGAAUUAUUCUUCGCAGUCAGCACACUUGUUUCACAUUGGGAAAACAAGGAUAAAGCUGAGUCGAGGAUGGAUCACUAAGGCCAGAGAAUCAUACUCUAAGUCCAUGCAGCUUUGUGGAUUCAGAGGAGGCGGCAACUUGGCUGGGAAGUCGCUGUUUUGGCAGGCUCGCAAAGGACAAUCUUUCGUGCUUGUUUUUGGGUCGGAACAAGAGAGAAAUGGAGCCCUGAUACUUGCUCGCAAAUAUGCUCUCGACUGCAAUGUCUUGCUUGCCGGUCCAGACGACGAUGCUUUGCUGUAAAGACAAACUAGGAUUAACUUCCCAGUUUUCGACUGAUUCGAGCAGUCAAGCGUGAGUCAUGUUUCUGUCCGUGUUUGUUGUGGAGAUGAUGAUGUCUUUGCAGUUCUAAUCUUGGCUUCUGGGAGUAGUUAGUACAUUGGUUCUAGGCAUAGUUUUUGGUUUUGCCUAAAUCACUUGUUGUAAUAACUUAUGUUGCUAAUCAUUUGAUACUUCAUUGUGAGCUAUUUGCAAUAUCUUGAUUAACAUUU